CAAUUUACCAGCUGAACUACAACACCCAGCAUGCAGUCCGAAAAAUUGUACUUUUCCCCUGUACAGCACUCGGUCAGGUCUGUAAGUCCUGAAAGGUGUUGCUGGAAAUCCUGAGAGUGCAGCAUGGGUCGGCUUGACGGGAAGGUAAUACUGCUGUCGGCAGCAGCACAAGGAAUUGGAAGAGCAGCUGCUCUAGCUUUUGCAAAAGAAGGAGCAAAGGUCAUUGCUACAGACAUCAAUAAAUCCAAGCUGCAAGAACUGGAGGAGUAUUAUGGCAUUCAAACACGGGUGCUGGAUGUCACCAACAAGGAACAAAUAGAAAAUCUGGCCAAGGAGAUAGAAAAGAUUGACGUCCUCUGCAAUGUUGCAGGUUUUGUCCAUCAUGGAACCAUUCUGGAGUGUGAGGAGACAGACUGGGACUUUUCCAUGAACGUCAACAUUCGCAGCAUGUAUCUAAUGAUCAAGACAUUCCUUCCAAAGAUGCUCACACAGAAAUCUGGAAACAUUAUCAACAUGUCUUCUGUGGCAUCCAGCAUUAAAGGAGUUGUGAACAGAUGUGUCUAUAGCACUUCAAAGGCAGCAGUUAUUGGUCUAACUAAGUCUGUAGCGGCCGACUUCAUUGAACAGGGAAUCAGAUGCAACUGCAUAUGUCCUGGAACUGUUGACACUCCAUCUCUACAAGAGAGAAUCCAAGCCAGGCCUAACCCAGAACAGGCACUGGAAGACUUUCUGGCUAGACAGAAAACUGGAAGGAUGGCUACUGCUGAGGAAGUGGCCCAGCUCUUUGUGUAUCUGGCCUCUGAUGAAUCUGCCUACAUGACGGGCAAUCAACUUAUCAUUGAUGGAGGCUGGAGCUUGUGAUUUGCGAAACUUUCUGCUGAAGUUUUCAAUGGAAAAUGUAUAAUGGGGAAAAGCAAAUGAGGAACAGAUGACAUUUCUCUCACAUAGUUUGCACUAUUUUAAUGACUAAAACGAUUGAGCGCCAAAUAAAAGUCAGUGUAUAGCACAGACAUGCGAUACCUCUAUUUCUGAA